AUGGCACCGCCGUCGGCAGCUGUCCUGAAGAAAGCUCGAGAAGCGGCGGCGAAAUUGAAGAAAGAGAAGAAGAUGAAAGACGAAGAAGAUUUGGAAGGAGAUAUGUGCGGACCGAUGAUGGGACCACCACCGACGAGAGUAUCAGAAAAAGAAGAAGAAGAGGAGUUCGAUUUGGAUGAAGCAGAAGCUGGUCCGACCAUGCCACCGCCAAGGGAGACGACAACAGAGAAGAAGAAAGGACGGUGGGGAGACGAUGAUGAAUCCUCGGACGAGGAAAAAGAAGAAGAAGAAGAACCGACGACGACGACCAUGGCGAAUGAUAAUAAUACUAAAAACAACAAGCAGAAAGAAUCGUAUUUGGAGAAAAUGAUGAACGAACAAGCAGAGUUUGCGAACUUUACGGCGCAGCAAAUGCAAGAAGAUGGAGAAGGAGGAGAGGACGGGAGCGUUCGCGAAGACGACGCGAAACGAAAAAGGACCAAGCGAGAGGCGGUUGACGUGGCGAAGUUAUUGACGCCCCCGAGCGAUGAUUCUGACGAAGACGACGAUAAUGAUAAGAAUAUGCAUGGUAGAAAACACGCGGAAAUCGGAAGAAGACAACAAGCUAGAAUAGAUGCGACGCCGGAAAUGGAGGAUCUGGAAGAUGGUCAUAAAACGAUGGAUACCCCUCCGAUGGGAGGAGAAGUUGAAUACGACGACAGAAAAGAAGCCGGUCCUACGUUGCCACCGGCAUCGGUGCGAGAACAAAUUGUAAACGCAAACAGAGGUAUGGUUGAAGAACGAAGAGCGUUACUGGACGGCGCCGUGGCGAAUAAUAAGAAUAUCAACACGAAUGAAUUUUCUGAAUCGGAAGAAGACGAAGAAGAUGGCAGAAAAAUGGAAUACGUGCCUCUUCUGCCGAAACCUCACGACCAUAAAAAAGCGUGCAGGUCGGUCGAAUGUUUCCAAAAGCUUGGACACAUCGAUGAAGGUACGUACGGGGUCGUUUUCAAAGCCAGAGAUAAGGAAACGGGAGAAAUCGCCGCGUUGAAAAAAGUAAAAAUGGACAAGGAAAAAGAAGGCUUCCCGGUAACCGCUUUGAGAGAAAUUAACACUUUGUUGCAGUUACAACACAAGAACAUCGUGUACGUGAGUGAAGUUGUUGUUGGUCGAUCAAUUGAUCAAGUUUUCAUGGUCAUGGAAUAUUGCGGACGGGACUUGAAUCGCAUGAUGGAUGACAUGAAUCGGGGAUUUACGCUCCCCGAGUGCAAAUGUUUAGCCUGGCAACUGUUAUCAGGCGUGAGCUAUUUACACGAAAACUGGGUCUUGCACAGAGAUUUGAAGACAACAAACGUGUUGUUUAACGAUUUAGGCGAGUUGAAGAUUUGCGAUUUCGGUUUAGCCCGAGAAUACGGGUCGCCUUUGAACAAUUACACACCGUUAGUGUGUACGCUCUGGUAUCGACCGCCCGAGUUACUUUUAGGCGAAAAGAAGUAUUCCUACGCGGUCGAUAAUUGGAGCUUGGGGUGCAUAAUCGCUGAAUUAUUACAAGGGAAACCGUUAUUCCCCGGGCGAACUGAAAUCGAUCAAAUCGAUAAGCACUUUCGCAUGCUCGGCACGCCGAACGAACAGAUAUGGCCAAAAUUCAAAUCCUUGCCGCACGCCACCAAAGUGAACUUCGCCGUCCACCCGCACAACUCCUUGCGCCAGCGCUUUCCGAAAUAUCGCGAACGUGAAGACGAAAUUGAAAUUGGUCCUGGAAUCUCCGACGCUGGCUUUGAUCUUUUGAACGGCUUAUUAGUUUUUGAUCCGGAGCGGCGACUCUCGUCUACGGAGGCCUUAAAAAGCAGUUGGUUCGCCGAAGCGCCGAGGAAGAAUAGCAGCAGAGAGUGGCAGGAAUUGUUGAGACGAUUAAAAUAG